GAGGGGGAGGAGUGAGAUAAUAAAUAAAUAAACAAACAAGGCAAAUCCACCUCCUCAGUUUCAAGCAUCGUCGGUGGUGGACGGUGGAUCACUGGGAGGAAAGAACGCCACUGUUAUUUAAUGGCACAUAAAUUGAGAGGCGAAAUAGUUGGCUGAAAAACUGGGGUCCUUGGCGAGGAAUAUAGUCCUUCGCUGGAAGAGAGAAGGACGCGUUGUCGGUCGAGCAUCAUCCACAGCGAACCAUAAUUUUAUAAGGAGGAGACCAUCCAAACCGUUACAGUAAGGACUUUAGAAUAGAAUAACCUACAAGUAAUUGAACGGAUAUUUAAUUGUAAAACAUUUAUUACUAAUGUAAAAUUAUAGAAAUCAAACAUUGCAAAAAAUAAAUACCCGUUUAUAGACAAUUACAACGAGAAGGUAUCAUAGAAAAUACAUCGACCUCAUCUCUCCCUUUGCCUUUUUGUAUUGCAUAUUGAGGAUAAAUUGCACCUCUGUUAGCCAAUAGGCCAAUCUCAUUUAUCAAAUCGAGUUCAUAUAGCAUGGGCCAGGGCUAAGUAAGGCAUAGGCUAUCGGUAAAUUGACUCGAGAGGAAAGCACGACGCAACCGUAUUUGUCAUUAUCCAUGUCAAGCAUCCUUUUCAAUUUGUCGUUUCAUUUCCGAUCUCAGAACAUUUCCCCAUAUCUAGGCUGAGAGUAUUUUUUUUACCUAUAUCCACCUCCCCAGUGGAUUUUUAAGGGCAGUCUGGAAUACCACGACUGGUUGUGCUUUGGGGGGGACCAUUUUUGACGUUUGAUUCGUGAGGUUUGACGCCACGGAGAGAAGAUGUCGGGGCAGACGCUGACGGACCGCAUUGCCGCGGCGCAAUACAGCUUAACGGGAUCGGAGGUUGCUCGAGCUGUCUGCAAAGCCACCACUCAUGAGCAGACAGCACCCAAGAAAAAACACCUGGAAUACCUGAUUGAGGCCACCAAGGAGUCUAAUGUGAACAUCCCACAGAUGGCGGACACGUUGUUUGAGAGGGCCACCAAUGCCAGCUGGGUGGUGGUGUUCAAGGCCCUGAUCACUACGCAUCACAUGAUGGUCGCUGGCAAUGAGAGGUUCCUCCAGUUCCUUGCCUCCAGGAACACCCUCUUCAACCUCAGUAACUUUCUGGACAAAACUGGCUCCCAUGGCUACGACAUGUCCACGUUUAUCAGACGCUACAGCCGGUACCUCAACGAGAAGGCGUUCGCCUACAGACAGAUGUCCUUCGACUUUGGCAGAGUGAAGAAGGGAGCUGAGGGGGUGAUGAGGACGAUGCCCGUAGAGAAGCUGUUGAAAGGAAUGCCCACUCUGCAGAGCCAGAUAGACGCCCUGCUGGAGUUUGAUGUCCAUCCCAAUGAACUGACCAAUGGGGUGAUCAACGCUUGCUUCCUCCUGAUGUUCAAAGACCUGAUCAAGUUAUAUGCCUGCUACAACGACGGGAUCAUCAAUGUAUUAGAGAAAUUUUUCCAGAUGAAGAGAGGACAGUGCAAAGACGGGCUGGAGAUCUACAAGAGAUUCUUGACACGGAUGACCAGGGUCUCUGAGGUCUUCAAAAUCGCUGAGACCAUAGGAAUUGACAAAAAUGAUAUCCCUGAGCUCACUCAGGCCCCUGAGAGUCUCCUGCAGUCCCUGGAGACUCACCUGAACACUCUGGAGGGAAAGAAGCCAGAGGAUGUUCACAGAGAGGAUGUGUCACCAACCAAGGAGUGUGAAGCAAAUGGCUCCCCGGCCGCAGCCGCCACGCCUACAAAAGCUCAAGCGGCCCCUGCAGCUGCUGCUGCUCCAGUUGCUCCUGCCCGCCCUGGACCACCUGCCAGACCCACGGCGGCACCCACCAUCAAGAGCUCCAACAAUGCUCUGCUGGACUUGGAUCCAUUGUCAGCCUCCCCAUCAGCAGGUGGAGCAACAGCCUCUAUCUCGUCAUGGGGAGAUCUGCUUGGUGGCGAUACCCCCCCUGAUCCCACUAGCACCUCUGAGCCAGCCGCUGUUGCUGCUGAUGCCGCAGCCGGUCCAGCUUCCACGCCCACGGUGGCCCAUACGGAUGGCCCCGCCGCGCCCUCUGUGGCCCCCGUGGUGGUGCUGCCCGUGCCCGCCACUACCGCUUCAGACUUGGAUCUGUUCGGAGACGCGUUUGCACCCUCCCCAGGUGACGGCCCGCCCAGCAGGGCACCUGCUGCUGAUGCAUGUGCCGGAUCUGACCCCUUCGCUCCAUCGGAGGGGAGUGCGAACUUGGCUCCAGAGAUGGACCUCUUUGCUAUGAAGUUCGAUAACACACUGGCGGCCCCAGAAGCAGCCAGCCCCACCUCUAGCGCAGUGCCGAUCAUUGUCGCCCCCAUCGAGCCCCCUGCUGCCGCCCCCGCUCCCUCCUCUACCACCACUGAGUCUCCAGCUGCCCCCGCCGUCCCCACUCUAGACCUCUUUGGUGAUUCUAUGUUUGAUUCUAUUCCUGAGAAAAACCCUACCGCAGAAAAAGCUGAUGCUGCUGUUACUCCUAGCGUAGACCUAUUUGGGGCAGAUCUCCCUACUAUCUCUCGCGGGCCCUCUCCUUUGCCUCCCGAGGCCAAUGCUGAUGAAGACCUCUUGUCUGGUGUGACUGAUGCAUUCUCUGCUAUGGCUCCAGCACCAGCAGUGGCUCCAACUCCAGCUCAAGCCCCGGCACCAGCUCCAGCUCCUGCCCCUGCAACGGUCUCUCCUCCCAAACCUGAGCCAUCUGCACCUGCACCUGUCAUUGAUCUGCUGGACACAUUCAGUAGUCCUGCUCUGUUGGAUGCUAUGCCCGCUGCCCCCGGGGGACCAGGAGAGGAUCUGUUGGGUGGACUGAUGUCUCCUAGCCUGGCUCCCACGGCAGCCCCUGCUCCUUUGGCCCCCGCUUUGGCCCCGGCCCUCGCCCCUACCCUGGCUCCUGUCUCAGCCCAGAAUGACUUGCUGGAGGGUGGCUUCGACAUCCUCGGCUCCCUACCCCCACUAAUGCCCGCCACACCAGCAGCAGCAGACACAGUGCCGGCCGCAGCAGCACCCUCUGGUGGCUUUGAUGCAUCAGUGUUUGGUGGAUUAGGGGACCUACUGAUGCCAGCCUUAACACCCCAGUCCACUGGGGGCAGUGUGGGCAGCACUGGCAGUGGUGGGGUCAGUACCAAGGUGACACCCGCGGUCGGGGGUGGCAUGACAGGCGCCACAGCUAUUAAACGGCCAUCCAUCGGGGGCGACUUGGACUCCUCCCUGGCAAACCUGGUUGGAGAUCUGGGGAUUCAGAAAAAGGACCAUCAGUGGAAUGAGAAGAAGCUGACAGGAGGAUCUAACUGGACCCCCCAGGUAGCCCCUCCCAGCUGGGGCGCUCCUGGACCUAUGAUGGGUGGCCCCGCCCCUGGAGCCCCCGGUGCCCCUGGAGUCAUCCCUCCGCCCAUGGGAGCACAUCCUGCCUUUGGCAUGGCCUCAGCAGCUGGAUCUGGAGUUCCCAUGAUGCCUUCCAUGAUGAUGGGACAGCCAAUGAUGGGUCAACCCAUGAGACCACCCCUGCCAGGAGCUGCAGCACCAGGGGCACCGCUGUCUCCAGGACCUGCUGCCACCCAGAGCAAAAAGCCCAAGGACCCACUGGCAGACCUCAACCUCAAGGACUUAAUGUAAUCCCCCAGCCCAGCUCUUGUUUUUCUGGAGCUGGGCCCUCUGGCCGCCUGUACUAUUUAGGCGUUCUGUACAACCUGGGACACCAGAGACCCUCCUCAGCUACUCACCCAUAGGAGACCCCCUUCCUCCACCCCAUCCCAGCCCCUGUGUAAUGUUGUAGCACAAACUGUGAAAGUGAAACCUUAGUGAGAAAAAAACAAGUGUGUGCUUAACUGGAUGUAACCUUUUGUCUAAACAAAACCACACAAAACAUACAAAAACGAGCGGAAGCUGAAGGCGUAUGUGCUGUAUGUAUUUCGAUACUUUUUUCCAGUAGUGUUGGCGUGUUGAGUUGAAUGAUGGAUGCGUGUUUGUUUGAUGCCCUCAGCUCCACCUUCGGCCCUGCACUGGCCUUCUGAUCACUCAAGAGAGGAGGGGGUUCCACCCUGCCUCACCCUGAUUGGAUAAGAGGGGUAAGCAAAGCAGCCCCGUCAUUUUUGGAUGAAACGUGCAAUGUGUCGUUCGCAGAAGUUCUUCUUCGCUGUUGUAUAUACAUUACACUGGCAAAUCUUUAAGGAUUCUGUCUCUACUCUGUAUGUCUGUGGAAGAGCAUAUUGAUGUGAAUCUGAUAUCAAAUUGUAAGAAGUCAUGUGACCAUUGUCUUAUUUCCCGUCAUGAACGUAUUUAGAAACAAAUAUGAUAUGAAUAUAUGAUUAAUAUGAAUAAGCAACAUGUAUGGGCUCCUGAAUCCUAAAUGACCAUCCAAUGAUUUUUUAUUAUGAUGUUCAGUAUAUUUAUUCGUUUUUUUGUCAACGCUUAUUAUUAUUUAUUUUAUUUUAUUUUUUUUAGAUUUUACGCAUCAUGUCCAACAUUAUUUGUAUUUUCGCUCUCUGUUGACAUUGUUUGUGAAUCUGCUGUAAAACAUUGUCGGAUAUUUUUUAUCAACAGAUCGUAUCUUAUCGCUUAUUUACAGAGAAAAUGUGUUUUCCUAUUCAAGAUAAAGGUCAAAGAGUGCAUAUCAGGAGCCAGAUGUUGCCAGUACCUCAUAUCUCAAUACAGAGGGGAACAGUCUUUGGUUAAACCACUAAAACAAGUUAGUCUACUUCCUGGUAUCACCGGCACUCUCCCUGUGGACCUAUCACUGUCCUCCUCAUCAGUGGUCUGUUGUUUGAUUUUCAUAUUUGCUCGUACUUUAUUAUUAUCAUUUUUACUAUAACUAGACCACGGUUAGGUACUGGAUAUGGUAGUGUUAUUUUUGUAUUUGAGAAGAAACAAACAUCUUUAUCUCCCUAUUCCUCCACCCCAGAUUUUGUUACAUAGUUCUGGUCCGUUUCCUCCCCCAUUGUUAAUGAAUCAGUAGUAUUGUACAUGGUAGCAUGGGCGGAGAGGAGAGCCUGUGUAUAUGCCCAGUCAAAAGAGGACACUGUUGAACAGUGUGGCUUCCAUGUAUAUCUAGGCAGCUGUUUAGAACCAGUGAAACCAGUCCUGUGCUGUACAGCCCCAGAUAUAACAGAUACAUUGUUGCGUCAUUGCAAGACUGUUUCGACAAUUGUUGUGGGAAAAAAUAUGGAUUAGAAAAAUGGGAAAACAUGCUUUUUUUCAUUAUUGAGUUACAUUUUUAUAUGUUAUUAUUAUUAUUUACUAUGCCCCUCCCCAGUGCAUGUAAGCCCUUUGAGAUGCAAUAAACUCAAUGAUGGAAAGAAUCGCCCGUUAAUGAUCGCCAAUCUUUUUCUCAUGUUGAUAGAUCAGAUCAUGGACGCAUUGCAUUUUUAAUCUGGUGCACUAAAUGUCAUGACAUCAAUAGGGCUAACUUGGGUUGUGUUCAUUAGGGCGCACAACUGAAAACAUUUUAAAAUGUAAAUGACUGUUUCUUAUUGGACAGGUCCAAGUAGUCCCUCCAUGUUUCAGUCCGUUUUCUUCCAUUUGGUACCUAAUGAUCAUGACCCUGGCUACAGGCAUAGAUGUGUCAUAGAUACAUACAUCACUUCUCCUCACGGUAAACAAACAUACACAUACAAGUUGUAAUCUUGGUUUAUUUGUUGUUUUUUCAAUCAUGGUGAAAUGUUAUUAAUUUAAUGUAUUUUGUCAUCAAUGGCAAACUCGUAUAAAUUGUGGCACAUAAUAAACAAGAUUCAUCAACAUGAACCCUAAAGAAUGAUGAUUGUUUUCAUCAAAUAACGUUAUGGCAUUUGUUGUCACCACUACCCUUCAAAUUACAUGAAUCUAAUGGGAAUAAUUAAUGUUUUUAAUCUGAAAGCUCUGUUACAUCAAACCCACUGUGUAGGCUCAUAUUAAAUACAUAGUUACAGUACUAGGCUAUCAAAAGUAUAUUCCGAUAGGUCUCCCCAAAGUGUACAAUUUCAUAUUAAUUAAAUUAGCACCAAGUCUCUGGAUAAGCACCAUAAUUUUUAUGUGCAUGGCAAUGAAACCACAUUUUAAUGCACUGCUAGAGUAAAAAAAGAACGAACGGUCGGACUGAAAACAAUCAUGUUUUAUCCAGGAUCCCUCUGGAACCUUUCACUAUUUAGUCAUAGAAACAUACUCUUAUAAGAAAAGGUAGUUGUACAAAAAGGGACAUUACAGAAAACUCAAAGAGCUAGAUAUACACUCUUUUAAACACCAGCACGUUGAUUUAGAAAAUAUUUAGAAAAAAGACAGUUACAACCUCUUAAUAUACUCAAAUGUUA